CCACCGCGCCCGGCCGACGAAGAAUUUUUUUUAAGAGCAUUAUGCCUAUCUGCCUACAAUGUAGGGACUGGAUGUGGGAAGACCAGUUAGGACAACAGUGACAACAGUAGUCCAAAGAGAGGAUGAGAGCCAAGAUUCAGGAUGGAGGAGGUGAAUGGAUGCAAAGAUAGUCUGAAACUAAAAUCCAUAGGUCUUGGUUGAUGAAUUGGAUGUGGACUGGUGGUAAGGAGGAGGGAUUUAUCAAGGAAAACUCUUAAGUUUUUGGCUUAAAAGCUAGAAGGAUGGUUCUACCAUAUUCUGAGAUACAGAGUGUUAAGGACCAAGUUUUUCAGGGGAAGUAGGAAGAGGAUCAUGCACCCAUUUGAUACACCACUGGCACAUGAUGCCAAGUAGCAUGGCAUGUAGGUUGGGGCCGCAGACAUAAUUUGAGUAAUGAAUAUAUAGAUAAUCUUUCAAGUCCCAGAUGUGAGUGAGAUGGGGCUGAGGGGGGAGUCCAGAGGAGCCGAGAACAGGGCUUUGAUGAACUCCAGCAUGUAAAGGCAGGUGGAAGAUGAUGAAAUGGCAGAGGAGAGGACACUGAGAAAGAUGAGGAAGGAAGGAACCAGGAGAGUGCAGUCCUUCUGGUACUUCUGAACCAUGCACUUGCUCACAGCCCUCCCUUGUGGUAUGGCCCCUCCUCCCCUGAUGAAGUUUAGUCUCCAGAGCAUGGCCUACAAGGCCCAUCAUAAGGCGGCCCCAAUACACUUUGAUCAUUUAUUUCCUUCUUCACUCCCCAUCUCCAAUAUCCUAGAAUUCAGACACUGAUCAUUUCAACACUAACCUCAAGACUUUGCACAUGCAUCAAAUGUUCUUCCCCUUUCUUCUUUUUUUAAAAAGUCUAAUGUCACCUCUUGUACAAAGUCUUCGUCAGGAAGAGUUAGUUACCUCCAAAUAAUUUCACUCACAUAUUUUUAAGACAAUAUUUAGCACACUGUAAUAUACUGUGUUGGCCUGUGACUUAAGCUUAUUUGGGCUGGGUUUCCUAUCUUAUUUGUUGUUUUCUAAAACUAAGCACAAUCUUAGAAGAUUGUGUUUGCUAAAUAAAUUAAUGUAUGAUAAUUAUAUUUUUGUCUUGACAAAAUUAAGAUGAAAUCAGUCUAGAUUAAGCUGGGGUUGAUAGAUCCCAAGAGGACAUUUGGCAAUAUCUGAAGACAUUUUUAGUUGUCACAGCUGGGGGAGGUGCUACUGGCAUCUCGUAGGUAGGGGCUAGGGAUGCUGCUGAACAUCCUACAGUGUAUAGAUGGCCCCUGCAAUAAAGAAUUAUCUGGCCCAAAAAGUCCAUGACGCUGAGGCUGAGAAACUCAGUUUUGGUUUGCCACCUUAAAUGUUCUUCUAUUUCUACUGUAAAUUUCCUGUAGGAUAUUUUUUCUGAAUGAAGUAAGCACUCCCAAUACUAACCAUUGAUGCUAAGACCUACAAAUGUACUAGUCGUUCUGUAGAGCAGUGUUUCUCAAAUUUGUGCAUCAGAAUCACUGGGAGGGCUUGUUAAAACAUAGGUGCCUGGGCCCCACCACAGGAGUUUCAGUAGAUCAGGGGUAUCCUAUGCACUGUAGGCCUGAUAAUAUGUAUCUCUCAAGGUUUCCAGGGGAUGUUGAUGCUGCUGGUCCAAUGUCCAUACUCUGAACCACUGCUUUAGAGAAGAGCCUAGGGUCAGUUAACCUGAAGGUUUAUCACACUUUUCCCCAUUACGGGCUAUGCCCAGAAACUUGAGAUGCAACUUCCCCGGGUAGCCCUGCCUUUCUUUUCCCUGUAUCUCCCAGCCAGAUACCUGGAGCUGCAUCUGUGAUGAUUGCCAGGCUGGCAGCAUCUUAGACUCAAAACACACCCCAUUCCUGAGAACAGAUGAAGGCUGCUAGCAGGGCAAGGCACCAAUCCCUUUCCCUCCAUUUAUCAGCCAGUAGGGGCCUGAGGUCCAGGCCCAUGGAAAUGAAGUAACAUGUAAAGAAGAUGCAUAUCCUAGCUCCUCAGAGCACCUGUAUCAGAAUCACCUAGAGGGUUUAGAGUCAUGGGCCCAUCCUCAGUAAUUCUGUCAGCCAGGGAAUCUGCAUUUUAUGAAGCUCUUGACAUCAGUGGUUCUCAAAGUGUGGUCCUGGAACCAGCAUCAUCAUCAUCAUCGGCGAGCCCCUUAGAGAUACAAAUUCUUGGGCACUUCCCCAGACUUAUCCAAAACACUGGGGUUGAGACCUUGUCACUUGUAUUUUAACACACCCUCUAUGUGAAUUUUCUGUUAGCUCAAGUUUGAGAAUUAUUGGUUUAAAUUAGUCGACUUCUCAAGUUGAAGAUGUCUGGAUGUAGACUUCUGGAUUUUUCUUUCACUUCACGUUCUAGAUUCCUUUCCCACCUGUAUAUACCAAAAGCACCCACAGGAAGCAAAGCACCCCCCACCCGCUCCCCAAAAGGCCUGCCUGUAGAACAUUUGUACCCUACAAAAGAGAGCAAGAGUGAACUUUCGCUGAAUGUGGUCAUUGGUUUGCAUGCCACUCGCGCUUUAUCUGGCCAGACAGUGGUCCCUGAGGAGGUAGACCUGGCACUCUCGGAAACGCGAAGCCCCCGGCCGGUAACCUCCGGAGGGGCAGUGUCAUGGGCCGGCUUUGCAGCGGGUACUGGGUUGGCGUCCCGCCCCGCGCUCCUGCGUAAACACGCGGUUCCCUCGGCAACGCUCUGAACCCACGUCAAAGGCUCCGCCGGGUCCCCAGAGACCGCCACCCCUCCGGCCGAGCCCAGCUCCCCGCAGCGGCCGCUAGCCCCCGGCCCUGAACCACCCCUCCGACCUAGCGGCCGCCGCCCCCGCUGCGGGAUGACCAGAUCCGCGGCCGCCACUGGGCCCCAUGGAGGAGCCGCCGCCGCCACCGGCCCGCUCACCAGCGAGCAUGGCCUUACUGGGCAGCCCGCACCCCGGCGCCCCCUCCGCGGCCGGCCCGCCUGGCGGGACUUCCUCCGCGGCCACGGCAGCCGUGGUCUCCUUCAGCACCGUGGCGACCGCGGCGGCCGCGGCGCUGGGGAACCUGAGCGACGCAAGCGGAGGCGGCACAGCUGCCGCUCCCGGUGGCGGCGGCCUUGGCGGGUCCGGGGCAGCGCGGGAGGCGGGGGCGGCGGUGAGGCAGCUCCUGAGCUCGGAGGCGGCGCCGCUGCUGUCGCACGGAGCUGCGGUGGCGGCCCAGGCGCUCGUCCUCUUGCUCAUCUUCCUGCUGUCUAGCCUGGGCAACUGCGCGGUGAUGGGGGUGAUCGUGAAGCACCGGCAGCUCCGCACCGUCACCAACGCCUUCAUCCUGUCGCUGUCCCUAUCGGAUCUGCUCACGGCGCUGCUCUGCCUGCCCGCCGCCUUCCUGGACCUCUUUACGCCGCCCGGGGGCUCGGCGCCUGCCGCCGCCGCGGGGCCCUGGCGCGGCUUCUGCGCCGCCAGCCGCUUCUUCAGCUCGUGCUUCGGCAUCGUGUCCACGCUCAGCGUGGCGCUCAUCUCGUUGGACCGCUACUGCGCCAUCGUGCGGCCGCCGCGGGAGAAGAUCGGUCGCCACCGCGCUCUGCAGCUGCUGGCGGGCGCCUGGCUGGCGGCCCUGGGCUUCUCCUUGCCCUGGGAGCUGCUUGGGGCUCCCCGGGAACUCGCGGCGGCGCAGAGCUUCCACAGCUGCCUCUACCGGACCUCUCCGGAUCCCGCGCAGCUGGGCGCGGCCUUCAGCGUGGGGCUGGUGGUGGCUUGCUAUCUGCUGCCCUUCCUGCUCAUGUGCUUCUGCCACUACCACAUCUGCAAGACCGUGCGCCUGUCGGACGUGCGCGUGCGGCCCGUGAACACCUACGCGCGCGUGCUGCGCUUCUUCAGUGAGGUGCGCACGGCCACCACCGUGCUCAUCAUGAUCGUCUUAGUCAUCUGCUGCUGGGGGCCCUACUGCUUCCUGGUGCUGCUGGCAGCCGCCCGGCAGGCCCAGACAGUGCAGGCCCCCUCGCUCCUCAACGUGGUGGCGGUCUGGCUGACCUGGGCCAAUGGGGCCAUCAACCCUGUCAUCUACGCCAUCCGCAAUCCCAACAUUUCGAUGCUCCUAGGGCGCAACCGCGAGGAGGGCUACCGGACUAGGAAUGUGGACGCUUUCCUGCCUAGCCAGGGCCCGGGUCUGCAAGCCAGAAGCCGCAAUCGCCUUCGAAACCGCUAUGCCAACCGGCUGGGGGCCUGCAGCUGGGUGUCCUCUUCCAACCCGGCCAGUGGAGUGGGAGGGGACAUGGCCAUGUGGGCCCGCAAAAAUCCGGUUGUACUUUUCUGCCGAGAGGGUCCACCAGAGCCUGUGACGGCAGCGACCAAACAGCCUAAAUCCGAAACUGGGGAUACCAGCCUCUAAGACGGUUGGGAUGGCCAGCUUAUGAAGGCAAAUUUCCACUCGCAUUAUUUAAUGACGGAAGAUUCUGGGGGAAGUCGUGGAUUUCAUAAAACCAAACAUUUAAAGCUGGAGACGGGGGAGGCUUACCACUUUCCCCAAACAACAUAAAAAACAAUGUCCCUUCUUCAAAAGUGCCAAAAGGAAUGUAAAAUGCAAAAAUUAAAACAAUCUUAAACCACAUAACCAAGCAUUGUGAACUGUAAGUGCCAAAAAUGACAAAAAUAACAUUCACUAUAACUGAAAAGCUCAUAUUACAGGACCACACUGUGAAACAAACAAAACAUUUAAUGCAGCUAGUAUUGUUCAACUACAUAGAAUUUCAGGAAUGAAUGGAGACCCUCAGAGCUGCUUGAAAGCCCCUCUAAAUCGCUAGCAUCCAACAAAACUGUAGUUUCUAGAGCUUGCACCUCUGACAUGCCUUGGGUGGUUAGAUUGCAAGUGGAAAAGUCUUAUCCUUACACACAUUGGUGCACUUCCUCACCCCACCCCCAAUAACCUUUGUGGAAAAUUGUUAAUUCAUUUAACCCAUUUAAAAUCAUUUUAGGAUUUUGAAAAAGUGGUUAUUAUUAGAUAAAAUUCAACCAUCUGAAGGACAAGUAGAAGUAUGAGCGUAUGAGCAUAAAUGUGUUUUAAAAAUGUUUUCCAAGAUUAUAUGUAAAAAUUAACAUUCCUUCCACCCGCAUCAUCUCUCCAAAAUGAUCUUCCUUGGAAAGCUUUGAAGCUUUAUCCUUACUCUAACAUGCUACUUUUAUUUCCGAUAAAUUUUGGGAUGCUGCUCAGAAGUCUUUUGAGGUAAAUUUGAUUUUUGGAUAUAGCCAAAAAUGUAAUUUGAAGUCAAGUUGAUUGAAUAAGGUGAGUCAUGCCACUUCAUUUAAAUUAUUAUUAUUUUUUUAAAUGAGACCUCUAUAAAGCCACAAGGUUGGGUUUCCUAUGUGGCUUUUAGCUAACUGAAAAUGAUUCCAAAGAGAAAUUCUGUAACUAUUUUGAGAAGCAGCCUCUUGGAAUUAGCAUAGACUUUUCCAAGAAGAUCAUACUCUUCUACAUUUAGAAAUUUGGUGUAUUUUAUGUUUUUAAAAAUAGCUGAUGGUUGCUUUAUAGCUAUGACUUGUCAAAGAUAAUGUAGUAUUAAAGGGAGAAUAGGUGUGGGACUAUAUGUAACAGGGUAUUAAAAACACAGGCAUAAAGUUGGAGAAGAACUUCAAGCAAACUGAAAAUAUCUUUAGAAAUAUGCAAAUCAAAGAUGCUUUUUAAAUUUCUAUCCUAGCAAAAAAGAUGGUUUUACAAUAAUUCAAAAACAUAAUUCAGGAUUUGUGUAGGUGAACUUUCUAAUGUUAAAUACAACUAUACACAGGAUCAUUUACUCAGAAUUUUUAAAAAUGUUAUUUUUCCCUCUUUCUUUCCCUCCAUCCUGCCCCUCUUUUCUUCAAUAUUUCAUAGCCUUAAUUGAACAAGUUAUUUACAGUAGAUGUGAAAAGACAUUAGCUGUCGUAUGAAGAUUUCAAUGUGAAAUAGCCAGCAUUUUCUUCCUGUAAAGUAUUUAAAUAUGUUUUUAAGUAUUUCUUUGUUUGACAGGUGGGUGCAUGUCAUUAUUUUGUAAUCAAAGGUGGAAAUAUAUGAUUCAUGUCAGAGCUAAAGAUGUUUUAAUUUUUUCUGCUUCUCAGUGUAUCAUCACAAAUCAGAAGUUUGUAAAUUGUGUAUAUUUUGCUACACUCGAUGUAGUACAAAGUAGAUGAGAUAAUCUCUCCCCUCUAGCCCUUAUUUUAUAAAGCAUAUACAGACUUCAUGCAGCUGUACUAACAAAAACAGGUAUCUGUAGUAUUUGCCUGUUAAAGGCAAAAAAAUGUGUAUUUUUUGGCACCGAGUCACUUUUGGGAUUUAGAGAGAAAUGAUAAAGUCUUCCAAUUAUAAAAGAUAUCAUAGAAUAGGAAGUACAGUUGUGAAUAAAGGGCAGAGAGAGAUCUUAGAGUAAGGAGGUGAACGUGUUGCAAAUUAGUGUGUUGCCUGGGAAGAAGAAUUGAAGGAAGGCAUUGAAAAAUAAACGUGAUAUAGAAAAAACCUACCUGGUGAGUGAAGGAAAAAUCUGAGAGAUUGGAAGUGACAAGGUGAUGGCAGGAAGAACUUUAAGGAAGAAAAGGAAUUCCAGCCCUACCUCUUCAGUGGCAGGAAGUUUUAGGAAAAGCAUGGCUUGUGAAAGAGACCAUUCUGUUAGUGGCUCUGAGAGUCAUGGUAGGCAAGAAUUAGAGGGGAAAAAGAGAAAGUUGUUCAUAAAUUACUGAACAAUUUACAAUGCUCUAAAUUGUUUGUUUUUAAUCCAAGGCUAUCCAACUAUUUAGUGGUAGAACUAGGAUUUGAACUGCAGUCCAUUUGGCCUCAGAACCCCAUGUUUUUUCUCUGUAUUCCCACAGAAGUCUACAGGUAAGGAAAUCAAGAAUAAUCACUUAUGGUACUGUCAUCAUUAUCAUCAUCAUGAUCAUCAUCUACCAUUUUUGUUUCCUACUUUCUAUAAGGGCAACUUCCUGGGAGCUAAGGCUACUAAAAGGUAGAAGCCACAGUACUCAUCUGCAGAGGGCUUACAGCCUCAGCAAGGACUUUGUGGCUUUGUAACAACAAUCAGCCAUAACAAGUUUACUUGUGGAGAAGAAAAGGUGUAGCAUUUUCAGAAGAGGCUAUCAAAGAAAAGAGAUGAACUUGGAAGCAAGAGAUAGGCAGGUAUAAGUCAGCCACCCAUUUGAUCCAGUGUAAAUAUUACAUAAUCAAUACCUCAAAAGGUGAAGAAAGAAUGAUUCUCAAAAUAAUCUAAGAGUUUGACCUUUCCAUCUGCUUACUAUGAGUAUGCAAUUAUAGUGACUUCAUGGGAAAAGGAGAAAGAAAAGCUAUGAAAUAAUGGAAUGGAUUAAAUAUUGAGUACUAUGUAAA